AACAAGGACAUGGCUUCAAAUGAAAGAGAGAUUGUGGUUUGGGUUUGCCAGGAAGAGAAGAUUGUAUGUGGCCUGACAAAGCGCACAACUUGCACAGAAGUGAUUCAAGCACUGCUUGAGGAACAUCAGGCAACAUCUGGAGAGAAAAAGGUCCUUUUUGGAAAACCUAGUGAUUACUGCAUUGUGGAAAAAUGGAGAGGCUCGGAGCGAGUCCUUCCUCCCUUGACAAAGAUUCUGAGACUUUGGAAGGCAUGGGGGGAAGAGCAGGCUAAUUUGCACUUUGUGUUGGUAAAGUCAGAUGCUUUCCUCUCCUUUCCAUUGUGGAAGACAGCUGAAGCUAAAGUAGUACAAAAUGUAGAAAAACAGUGGGAGCUCAGUCCAGCAAAUUACAUGAAGAUGUUGCCAAUAGACAAGCAGAAGAAAAUUGUCAGGAAGACUUUCCGGAAACUGGCCAAACUUAAACAGGACAGCGUUCAGCAAGAAAGAGAUAAUAUGGAGACAUUGAUUCAUUUAAUCAUUUCUCAAGAUCAUACCAUUCAUCAACAAGUCCUUAGAAUGAAGGAACUAGAUAUGGAAAUUGAAAAAUGUGAAGCGAAAUUCCAUCUAGAUCGUGUAGCCAAUGAUGGAGAAAAUUAUGUGCAGGACUCCUAUUUAAUGAUCAAUCCAAGUGAGGCUGAGCAGCAGGGGAGUAGGCCAGAUGAUCAAAAAGAGAUGCAUGAAUAUUUGAGCAAAAGUGAGGGAAUUUUACAGGUUGAAGAGAGACUGAAACAUCACAAACAAUUAAUAGAGAAGCUGUGUGCUGAAAUUGAAAGAGAGGUACAUGGUAUAUGCACAGAAAGAAGCGGAGAUGAUGUUCGUACAGAAGGAGCUGCUAAUACUCAACUGGAAAACUCAAAUUUGGAAAGUGUAAAAUAUGAGCUGGAAAAAAGUAUGAAAGAUGGUCUGAGAAUCAAUUCAUACCUGAGCUGCGUUCAGAAAGAGCUUACAUACAGGGACUCACUGCUUCAAAAGAAGGAAAAAGAAUAUGAACUUCUUACAGAAGAAUUUAAUUUACUACACGUUAAAGACAACAUUGAAGCUAGGCUUCCAUCAAAUGAAGAGCCAUCCAAGGGCAGUGGUAUCUCCAGUAACAGCAUCGCAGUUCCUGACUUUGUUCAUAGAGUGACUAAUCUGGACAUAAACGACACAGACUCUGACACUGGAAUCAGCUCCACACACAGUCAGGACUCUGAAAUAACUUCAGGGGACAUGGUACUGUUGUCAACAUAG